GUAUAUAACGCGGCCAUUUCGGCCCCGCUCCCGCCUCGCUGCCGCAGCGCCGCCUCCCCCGUCGCGUUCCGCCCGGCCUCUCCUCGCCGCCUCCCGCCAUGGCCGACGCGGUCGUGUCCUUCCUCAAGGAUUUCCUCGCCGGGGGGGUGGCGGCCGCCAUCUCCAAGACCGCCGUCGCCCCCAUCGAGCGGGUGAAGCUGCUGCUGCAGGUGCAGCACGCCAGCAAGCAGAUCUCCGCCGACAAGCAGUACAAGGGCAUCAUCGACUGCGUGGUGCGCAUCCCGCGCGAGCAGGGCGUCCUGUCCUUCUGGCGGGGUAACCUGGCCAACGUGAUCCGGUACUUCCCCACCCAAGCGCUCAACUUCGCCUUCAAGGACAAGUACAAGCAGAUCUUCCUGGGCGGCGUGGACAAGCGCACCCAGUUCUGGCGAUACUUCGCGGGGAACCUGGCGUCCGGCGGCGCUGCCGGCGCUACCUCGCUCUGCUUCGUGUACCCCCUUGACUUCGCCCGGACCCGCCUGGCCGCCGACGUGGGUAAAGCCGGGGCCGACCGCGAGUUCAGCGGCCUCGGUGACUGCCUGGUGAAGAUCUUCCGCUCGGAUGGCCUCAAGGGCCUGUACCAGGGCUUCAACGUGUCCGUCCAGGGCAUCAUCAUCUACAGAGCCGCCUACUUCGGCAUCUACGAUACCGCGAAGGGAAUGCUCCCCGACCCAAAGAACACCCACAUCGUGGUCAGCUGGAUGAUCGCUCAGUCGGUCACCGCGGUGGCCGGUUUGGUCUCCUAUCCCUUCGAUACAGUUCGGCGCCGCAUGAUGAUGCAGUCCGGCCGUAAAGGAACUGACAUAAUGUACAGUGGCACUCUUGACUGCUGGCGGAAGAUUGCCCGGGACGAGGGCUCCAAGGCGUUUUUCAAAGGUGCAUGGUCGAAUGUGCUCCGAGGAAUGGGUGGUGCUUUCGUCUUAGUGCUGUAUGAUGAAAUUAAGAAGUACACAUAAGUUAUUUCUUGUUCUGAAGUGGCAUGUUGUAAUAUGUUAUCUAUGACCAUUCAUGGACUUGUAUGAAAACUGUCUAGUUACUAACAGUAACGGAUGAUAUUUAUACAGGUUGGCAUGGGGCAGGGACAACCUCCUGCCUCGUCUUUAUCAAAUCAUUCCCACUGCUGGGACUCAAACAUGGUUUCUAUUUCAGUCACUCCUGUUUAAAGAGUACAAAGAAAUAAAAAUCCGAUGCCAGCUUU